CAUCAUCAGAAAUAAAUAUGGCCUAAAGCAAGCGACGGCGGUUUGCUGUUAUUCGUUCCGAGGAAAACAAGGCUGUCAGUUUAAAUAAAGAACUGCGUUAUCUCGAUGACCUUGCCUGGGCAAACCGAGCCACGCAGAUUAGCAUUAAGCUAAUUAUUUGGUGGUUUUGGACAGGGCGUUUCCGAUCGAUUUAAGCGACACGGUCCCACAAUAAGCUCAUUACCGGACAUGUUUGAUUAAUACGUUCAAAAUAUUACAUUGUCGGAAAGUAAUGGGCCGUACUUGGAAACGGUACGACGGUCACUAUUUGAAGCGAAUUGUUCAUAAUUAAGUUGGAUUUCUGUAUUAAGAUUAACUUCGUGGUAAAACACCCACUUAUACACGACACGUACCCCACUCGAAAAAUGAUUUUGAAGUCCGUAAAACGGAGGCUUAAAAGUUGGUGUGACUGUCGACUUUUCAUGGUUCCAGUAGUCUCCGGUAAACGGGAAGCGUUAAAAACACAAACAAAAAAAAGCUAACCGCACGAGGACUGGACAACAAAGAAGCCACGAUUGUAAACCGAGAUCGGGUUUAUCCAUCUUUAUUACCAUUCCGUUCCACCGACACGGUAUCAAAUCAAACUAUUACACACUCGUUGUUUCACCACUAUACAGUGAUGUCCCGAGAUAGUCGACAACGUGUUUUACCAACGAGAAUAGAAUGUCGAUAGGCCGUAACCGGUGCUAGGCGGCUAAAGCUAGCUAGUUCUAGCUAGCAAUGCUAAUGUGGUGGAUCCUUGUGUGGGGUGAUUUAUGCCGAGGAGAAAACGUCUGCUCCCGGCAAGGCCCCACAAGCUCGGCGCAGCGACGGCAAAAACGGUCCAUUUUUAAAGUCGCCAGCGCUGCAACUUGUACCUACCCACUAGAUAUAGCCAUACAUGUGUUUAAAUACAAUAACUGGCCGUAAAUAUUGAUAAAAACUCACCCCAACAGCUUUCAGCACUGUCACCAGCGCCGCUAGAAGCAGCACGGCACAUUACGUAGUAAGUCUGACGGCUGCUAUCGCGAUAUUUGCCAAAGAUUCGACGACAAAGAGUUUCAAGGGUGAAGAGAGGGACCCGUACCUUACAUGUUGUUGUUCACGUUCGAACGGUCCUUUCGUAAUGAUUUAUCCGUGCAUAAAACCCAUUUCGCUCUGAAACUACACUUGAAUGUCUUUUAACCAUAAACGAGGACUAAUUUUGGUUUUGUCUUUAUGGUUGUAUGUAUGCAUGUAUGAACGUUUAAAAUUAUUCUUUCGGGAAAUUGAAUUGAAAUGUGUUGACUAAGUUUCAUAAUAAGACAACGUUUCCUUGUUUUCAAAUGUUUUAUUUUCCGUAAUUAACGACUACAAUACAUUACCGUGCAAAUAAAGAUAAUAAUAUAUAUACAUAUAUAUAUAUAUAUAUAUAUAUAUAUAUAUAAACGAAACCAAAGGUGAAUGCGGAUGUGACGUCGUCGCUAUGCGUCGUUCGCGUGCCGAUACGAGUUUUGACUGCAAAACAGGCUGUGCACUCGUUCGUGUGUUUAUCGUACUACUGUACUUUGGAGGUUUGUUUUCAAUCGACUCGUUGUAUUCGUUAUGCUAUAAUCUAGUAUGUAGAAGUAGAUCGCGUAGCUGCAAAAGAGUAGGAGCUUUUUUUUUUGCGGGGCGAACGAAGUGUGUCGGCUUAACGCUGUGAGCUCGUUUCCGCCGACGGCAGCGGGUGUGUGAGUAGUUCGUCUGUCUUCCAUACACGGUCCGCCUCCAGCCAGAUGGCCUGCACUUUAGAGAAAGUCUUGGGUGACGCGCGGACACUGCUGGAGAGGUUAAAGGAUCACGACACAGCCGCCGAGGGCCUCAUCGAGCAGUCCGGGGCCCUCAGUCAGAGGGUGCAGAGCAUGAAAGAGGUGGGGAAUGCUCUUCCAGACAAGACUGCUGAAGACACUACAGAGGUCCAGGAGAUGAUCAAGUACAAGCCUCACAUCCUUUUGACUCAGGAGAACACUCAAAUCAAGGAACUUCAGCAGGAGAAUAAAGAGCUCUGGUUGUCUCUUGAAGAGCAUCAGUACACGUUAGAGUUGAUCAUGGGCCGUUACCGUAAGCAGAUGCUCCAGAUGAUGAUGGCGAAGGAGGAGCUGGACACCAAACCUGUCCUUACCCUCCACGAGGACCACGCAAAAGAAGUGCAGACACAGGUGGAGCGAAUAUGCGAGAUGGGCCAGGUGAUGCGACGAGCCGUGCAGGUGGAUGAUCAGCGCUAUUGCUCCAUUCGAGAGAAGCUUGCCCAGCUCGAGAUUGAGAAUAAGGAGCUGCGAGACCUCCUGGCCAUCAGCAAUGACUCGAUGGCUGCAGCGAGAGAGGAAAGCAGCCAGCCAGCAACAGCAACACAUGAAAACAAUUCCCAGCCAGAGUCCAAUCAUUGAUCUAAAGUGCUUCAUUUGGAACUUUUAGGCCCAUGGUCCCUGGUGUUGUGUUCACUAUGGAUGGAUGAUCUGUUAAACCACUAUAUAUAUCACUAUUUUGUAGUGAUUCUCAUUGCCUAUUUUUCUAAUUAGGCACAUGGCCAUGUUGAUGUAAAUUCAGUGAUUGCUUUUUAAAAGAACAAUGGAAUUUACGGUAUGAUGUUUGGCCAAAGAUGUAUUUAAUUCAUAUAUAAGGACAUGGUUUCUACCGCUUUGCUUUUCAUAAACUCGCUCACAAUUA